UACACAUGCAUGUAAAUUUUACCGCGACAUUUCAAUGUAUUUACCUGGAUGGUGUAGUGAAUAUAUGAAAGACCUUGAUGUCUAUUCUUUUGAUAAACAUUGUCUCCCAGCUAAAUAAAUCAAAAAGAUGUGAAAGAACAAAUUAUCGAUAACCAUUUAGUUGGGAGUGACAAUUAUUCGUUCAAUUUUGACCGCAUGCUUCCGGCAACGAUAGAAAUAUUGCUGGAUAUAUUUUAUGACAACGAAAGAUCAAAAUUGUGACUUUUAAAAGUGUCAUUAGUAUUUGUUGAACAAUGAAGUUUUUUGAUAAAUUCUCACGGUUUUCGUUUGUUGCGAUUGUUGUUAUUAUUAUUGGUGGGAUUGUAGAAAUAGUGGCAUUAGCUACACCAUAUUGGACAUUAUCUAGUACGCAAGCGUUAGGAAAUAUUGGACAUUCUGGAUUAUGGUUAAAUUGUAAACGAACACAAGCCACAGUGGUGACAACUGUUAGUUGUUCCAGUUAUGCAGAUGCAAUUGCAGGAUGGAUGGUUGCAGUACGGGCUCUGAAUGUGAUUGGUAUGAUCUUUGCGAGUUGUGCUCUGGUAUUCAUGGGAUUAUUUACCUUUCUUUAUUCAGAGAAAUGGAACAAAAUGAUCAGAAGUUCAGCACUAAUUAGUGCUUUACUUGCAGGUUCUUUAGUUAUUAUCGGUGCAGUCCUGUAUGGAGUUUCUGUUAGCCAAGGGAAAGCGCCAGUCCCAUACCAAGUCGUUAGUGCUAAAUAUAUACAUUCACUCUCCUGGUCAUUUGCACUGAGUUUAGUAGCUGCAAUUUUGUUUGUCAUCAGUGGUGUUAUAAUGGGAUUUGCCAAAACACCACGGAUAAACAGUUGAAGGAAUUGAAACGCUUGAAACGGAUCCGGAGUGCAUGGACUAUUUUGUGACAUUCGAAUAACCGCUUAUUGGAAUGCUAAAUAUUGAAAUGAAAAUGAUACAUUCUUAAUACCUGUAUGAUGAGUAAUAAACAUCAUUAGUCAACAAUUACAAUUGAAUAUCAACAACUUUGGUAUGACAAUAUCAAACAGAAUAUUCAACGUUUGUGUC